ACCUAUGCAUCCCUCACUCCCCCUCCAUCUACCGGAGUUCUCACAUGCCCCUACGAUGACCUACCUUUACACAGUGUGUGUGUGUGUGUGUGUGUGUUUUCUGACCUAAUCUGUGCCAUCGUUUCCCUCCAGAGUGCCCACAUGCCGAUGGUUGAUGCCCUGAUGAUGGCCUACACGGUGGAGAUGAUCAGCAUAGAGAAGGUGGUGGCCUGCGUUAAACGCUUCUCCACCUUCAGCGCCUCCAAGGAGCUGCCCUUUGACCUGGAGGACGCCAUGGUCUUCUGGAUCAACAAGGUAUGGUGGGGAAUACACAAACAUAUAUUUGCCACACACACAAUAUUAAAAGAGUGGUGGGGUCUGUUUGUCUGUCUUUGUGUGUGUGUGUGUGUGUGUGUGUGUGUGUAACAUACAGGUUCUUAUUUUAGUUGUCUAUCAGCAGCUGUGAGCUUGAGACGUUCAGAAAAUAGAGGUUUAAGAACUGAGUGAUUGUUGCUUUUGUUGCAGGUGAACCUGAAGAUGAGGGAGAUCACAGAGAGAGAGCUUAAAGUCAAGCAUCACCCGCUGGAGUCUCCCAAUCACCAGAAGGUAAGGCUGGAGCAGCACAGCGCUCUCAUUGCACUACCCUAGAUAGAAGAUGAGGAAACUGAAGUGCUUGAGGCAAAAUGGCCCCCAUGGAGCUUGCUGCUCUUGAUGGAUCAUCAGACUCUAGACUCCAGUCCACACAUCCCGGGCACAUUCCAAGAAUAAUUGCUGUUGUAAAACCAAUUUCUUUGUAUUGAUGCAGGUUAGUCUCAUCGACAUAACAAUAUCUAUUUUCCAAGAGAGACCUGGUCCAAGUCAACAGUGCUCUUCAUCUCCUGCCAUUUGGGGUUGAACCCUGAUUGACCUCUGUUCUCUUAACCCUUAACCCGGAAGCAGAUCUAAUCCUGUCUGACCUUUCUGCUCCUAUUCUGUCUGUCUCCUCCUCCCCCCUCCCCCUCUCCUGCUACUUGGAUAGUCUCCCUCCAAAUGGUAUUGGAAACUAGUACCUGUAAGUUGGCUGCUAGUAGUCCCCCCUCCUCUUCUCCCUUUUGCACGCAUAGUUCUGUGUCUAUGUGCACACGCACCACACCACCAUGGCUCAUCCAAGCCCAUUCUGUGCUGCUUGUAGCCAGUGAGUGAGUCAGCCAGCCAGUGGGACAAGGCAGGUGGUUUUGUUAUUUUAUUUUGAGUUGAAUGUCACACACUGUUGUCUAGUCUAGUGGUUUUGGAUAUUUGGUGAAAAUGUUUAUUUUGGGUGAACAAUUUUUUUUUUUGCGUUUCAUUUCAAACUGCUGCAAACUGGAGUCAUAAUGGCUUGUGUGAAAGUCAGUGUGUGUGAGAAACAGAAAAUGUGUGUCUUGAUUGAGAGCGAGAGAAAGCUAUGUAUCUAUCCAUCGCUCAGCUCUUGCUUUCCUUCUUUGCUCAUGUGCUGGCUGAGAUGUUGAUGCCAUUUCCACCUGUGGCAGCAACCUCUACCAUGCCCACACCUCCUAUGCUGUCUGUCUGCUAUACCCAUGUGGUCUCUCCCUGGCCUCUCACAGUGUCCUUCUUACACUCUCUGCUGUCUGUGCGUCUCAGUCUGAUUUCAUGCAUGCCCACUGCAUGCUGGAACCAGAGGAGCUGGAGCUGUCCACAGUGGUACACUUACAGUAGGCCUCCUUACUGUAGAUGUCCCUGCCUCCCUAGAGAUCUGGCACCUUCUAGUCAUCUUUUUCUCUGGUUUCUCUGACUUGUCACUCUAGUUAGGCCUACCCAUGUAGAAUUGGCUACUUCCCAAUUCAAUAUUAGUGUGUGUUGUUUUAUGGUAGUUACACUUGAAUAAUUACCCCCCCCCCCCCCCCCCCCCCCCCCCCCCAUAAGAUUUGUAUAGUCAGAUUGCAGGGUGAGUUGUAUUAUUUGUUACUACUGUGGCCAAGUUGUGAUUACACUGUGUGAGGCCUAUGGAUUGUGGUCCAUUUAGUAUCCUUUAUUAAAUGUUCAGUCUGUAGUCCUUGUAUUUGGUUGAUGGUUGGAGUUUAGUUUGGUUUAAUCAUUAAGUGAAUGUAAUAUGGUUCAGGCUGUUCAGCUAGUCCUGGCCAGUAGACUACGGCAUUGAUGAAUACAAUAGGCUAGCUUAGGGUUUUUUCCACAACACAGUUAGCCAGCAGAAGUGGGCCAGUGAUUCCCAUGUGACCCUCUUCUGUAUGCCAGUGGCCUGGUUUGACUGUGGGGACAGUGACACCGCAUUCACAGAGAGGUUUGUGAGGGUUGGUGGCAGACCAACCAUUGCUCCAUGUCACUGCUCUAUUGGGCCACCCCACCCAUCUCCACCCUCACACAGACAGGUUGGGGCUUAUUCAGGGAGUGCCACUAAAUGAAUUCCGAUAGGAAUGCAUUGUCUCGACUGCACAUGAUUCUGUUUUAUUCAACAGGGAAUCGUGUCUGCUUUUGUCAUUACAUUUCUAUCUACUCUUGUCAUUAUAUUUCUAUCUGCAACCUUAUAAACAUUGCCCUCCACUGAAUAAGCCCAAGGCUGUAUAGUAGGACUAUAAUAACUCAGCCCAUCUCUAUGGCUGGAGCCCCUCUGACUCUCUCUCCCUCCCCCUGGUGGUCAGGUGCGGUACCGCAGGGAGCACACAUCGGGGCGCCAGUUGCCCUUCUUCCCCCUACUGGAGGACCUGAUGAGGGACGUGUGUGAUGGAGCCGCACUCCUCACUGUGGUCCACUACUACUGCCCCGACCUCAUGAAGCUUGACGGUAGGACAUCCCACUCCACAAACUUAGGUUAAUCAUUAGAUAUGUUGAAUUACUUCGAUUGUCAGAGGUAGCCUAUGCAAUUUGUUUCCCUGGUUAGGCCUAGUUAAAAGGCCUUGAUUGAACUAAAGCAAUCAAGAAUGUCUUUCAUCUGAUUUAUAAUUGAAAUAGACCAUUGUAUACUAGUGGUUUUCCCUUACUGUAGUAAGCAGAGUUGUGCAACCCUGUGCUCUUUCUAUGUGAUAUCUAAGCAGCAGGUCUUUCAGCGCCAUCCUGACCUUUUGACCUGUGUGUCUCCUAUCAGAUAUCUGCCUGAAGGAGGUGACCUCCAUAGCCGACAGUCUGUACAACAUCCAGCUGCUCAAGGAGUUUGCCAACGAGUAUCUCAACAAGAGCUUUUACCUAACAAUAGAAGAUAUGCUCUACUCUCCACUGGUGCUAAAGGUAAAGAUUCCAUAUAUUAGAGUUUAUGAGCUGUUGCAUGUGUAGCGUUUACCAAACUGUUUCUGGGAUUUGAUUCCAUACUCACAACAGUACUCUGCUAGCCCACAAAAAUAUUGGUUGUUAGGGCGACAGUACUUUAUCUCUCAUGGGGAAAGGCAAUGUUACUGUGCGAUGCUAAGCUAACCACGGAUAGCUAGCUGCCAGGACAUUAGGCUAUAUAAGUCAGUUAUCUAACAUGGUUCCUAUUCUCUCCCUGCAGCACAAUGUGAUGGUGUUCAUCGCUGAGUUCUUCUGGUGGUUUGAGACGGUCAAGCCAGAGUUUGUCCAACCCAGGACUGAGGAGUUCAAAGAUGGUGAGCAUCAUCUGCUCUUCAUCUGAUCCAGUAGGGGAUUGGUUGUCUCUGCUGUAACCAAUAAGCUUGAUCUUGCAAGGUAGCCACUUAGCUAGCAAGUUAGCAAACCAAAUGCAUAGUUGGAGCGCUGAGCUGGAGAACAUUUAUUUGGCACAUCUUAGAUAGUUAACCUAUAGUUCUAAUCAGUGGUGUACCACGCACCCCCUGAGCUUCAGGGUGCCCAAAGCCUAUAUACAGUGGGGAGAACAAGUAUUUGAUACACUGCCGAUUUUGCAGGUUUUCCUACUUACAAAGCAUGUAGAGGUCUGUAAUUUUUAUCAUAGGUACACUUCAACUGUGAGAGACGGAAUCUAAAACAAAAAUCCAGAAAAUCACAUUGUAUGAUUUUUAAAGUAAUUAAUUUGCAUUUUAUUGCAUGACAUAAGUAUUUGAUCACCUACCAACCAGUAAGAAUUCCGGCUCUCACAGACCUGUUAGUUUUUCAUUAAGAAGCCCUCCUGUUCUCCACUCAUUACGUGUAUUAACUGCACCUGUUUGAACUCGUUACCUGUAUAAAAGACACCUGUCCACACACUCAAUCAAACAGACUCCAACCUCUCCACAAUGGCCAAGACCAGAGAGCUGUAUAAGACAUCAGGAUUAACAUUGUAGACCUGCACAAGGCUGGGAUGGGCUACAGGACAAUAGGCAAGCAGCUUGGUGAGAAGGCAACAACUGUUGGCGCAAUUAUUAGAAAAUGGAAGAAGUUCAAGAUGACGGUCAAUCACCUAGAUCUCACCUCGUGGGCCAUCAAGGAUCAUGAGGAAGGUGAGGGAUCAGCCCAGAACUACACGGCAGGACCUGGUCAAUGACCUGAAGAGAGCUGGGACCACAGUCUCAAAGAAAACCAUUAGUAACACACUACGCCGUCAUGGAUUAAAAUCCUGCAGCGCACGCAAGGUCCCCCUGCUCAAGCCAGCGCAUGUCCAGGCCCGUCUGAAGUUUGCCAAUAACCAUCUGGAUGAUCCAGAGGAGGAAUGGGAAAAGGUCAUGUGGUCUGAUGAGACAAAAAUAGAGCGUUUUGGUCUAAACUCCACUCGCCGUGUUUGGAGGAAGAAGAAGGAUGAGUACCAUCCCAACCGUGAAGCAUGGAGGUGGAAACAUAGUUCUUUUGGGAUGUUUUUCUGCAAAGGGGACAGGACGACUGCACCGUAUUGAGGGGAGGAUGGAUGGGGCCAUGUAUCGCGAGAUCUUGGCCAACAACCUCCUUCCCUCAGUAAGAGCAUUGAAGAUGGGUCGUGGCUGGGUCUUCCAGCAUGACAACGACACAGCCAGGGAAACUAAGGAGUGGUUCCGUAAGAAGCAUCUCAAGGUCCUGGAGUGGCCUAGCCAGUCUCCAGACCUGAACCCAAUAGAAAAUCUUUGGAGGGAGCUGAAAGUCCGUAUUGCCCAGCAACAGCCCCGAAACCUGAAGGAUCGGGAGAAGGUCUGUAUGGAGGAGUGGGCCAAAAUCCUUGCUGCAGUGUGUGCAAACCUGGUCAAGACCUACAGGAAACGUAUGAUCUCUGUAAUUGCAAACAAAGGUUUCUGUACCAAAUAUUAAGUUCUGCUUUUCUGAUGUAUCAAAUACUUAUGUCAUGCAAUAAAAUGCAAAUUAAUUACUUAAAAAUCAUACAAUGUGAUUUUCUGGAUUUUUGUUUUAGAUUCCGUCUCUCACAGUUGAAGUGUACCUAUGAUAAAAAUUACAGACCUCUACAUGCUUUGUAAGUAGGAAAACCUGCAAAAUCUGCAGUGUAUCAAAUACUUGAUCUUCCCCACUGUAUAAAUAGGAUUUUAUUUAGGAUUAUUUAUUUAUUUUGACAAUAAUGAGAAUCAUACCUUCGGUAUUUCAAAAUACCCCAGUAUACGGUAUGCCGCCAAAGCCUAGUUGAGAUAUAGUGAUGUACUGUGCAGUAUGUUUUUUGUAUGAGCAGGGAGGGAAGUGCCAGCUGGGUGGAUCAACUAAAGCUGUUGAACCUGCAGGACAAGGAAGAACAGUAUUAAUGGUUUCUUUCUUAUAGAAAAUGAUUUGGUUAAACUGUUUUCAAAUGUCGUUUUUUAAAAUUACUAUAAUUCCCACAACUUUUCAUUGCAAGUUUGUAGAUAAUCCCCUUGCCAUUUCAAUAGUCUGUUAUAUAUGUUGACUUGUGGAUUUUUCUGAUAUUAACAGAUUACAUUUAGACAGAACUUGACUGGGAAUGGAAAUAAGCAGCAGCAGUUCAAGGAUACAAUUUCCACUCCUUACCCCACCCACCUCUGUUUUGAUUGACACCUCUCCCCUUCCUCUCACAACAGCCCGAGCCAUGGCUCAGCCAAAGAGUGCCCGCCCCUCAGUGCCCAUCUCCAACGCCACCAAGCGCAGCUUCCAGGUGACCCCUGGCAUCACCGAGGCCUCACUGUCUGUGUCUGCCCAGAGCAGCCCUGAUGUCUCCAACAGGUACUUCCUGCACCCUGCUGAAGACUCUGAUCCUCUGUAAGUCUCUCCUUCCUCUCUCUCCACCCUUGUCAUUUCAUCAAUCUGUAUUUCCCAUAGAGAUCUUUGAACAUGUUACAUGGCUUCCUCUCAUCUUUCACACGCAUUAACUGGCCCUUCCAAUUUUUGCCCUCGCUUUCUCCUCCACUGUGUUUAUCGAUAUUAAUUUAAUGCAUGAUUCACAAUCAUUCCAGCCUUGAAGAAAACAUAUUCCGUGAACAUUGUGUAUCGUGUUUGUUGGUUGAUCAGUGGGAGGGUAAAAGAUUAGGAUUGGGGUUAAUUAAUGGGAUUAAAGGGACAGUAGGUCAGAUGGACAAAGACCAUAGUCAACUGAAUGAUGGGUUGUUUAUCCGUGUGGCGGGUGGGUGGUUAUGGGGUGUCUCUUCCUGAUGUCUGUUUUACUUUUUUAGUUCUCACUUUCACUCAUUCUUAAAGGCCCAGUGCAGUCAAAUAUGUGAUUUUGCUGUGUUUUAUUUGUACUUCCACACUGAGGUUGGAAUAAUACUGAAAGUUAUGAUAAUGCCCUUUUAGUAUAAGAGCUGUUUGAAAAGACUGCCUGAAAUCGCAGCCUGUUUUGGUGGGAUGGAGUUUUGGCCAUCCAUGGUGACAUCACCAUGCAGUAAAUUAGUUAAUAGACCAAUAAGUGUUCCAAACCCCUCUGCUAAUAACAGCUAAUUUUAAGUUUUCCCAUCCCCACUCAGACCACCCUCAGACAGUCCUAGCAAAAUUCUUGCUUGAGAAAUUGCCCUUUGCUAAAACAUUUUUUGACCAUUUUAAUUGAAAAUAAUCACACUAAGGUACUUAAUUGUUAUCCAGAAAUGAUUUGAUAUUGAGAUAAAAACGGUUGCAUUGGACUUUAAAAAAAAUGCAAGCAAUAAGAUGAUUCCCUGUGUGAGACGACUAAACCUAUAAUGUUCUAGGGAAUGUGGGUCAAUCUGCUUUACUGAAGGUGUAAGGGCUAAUCCCUUAAACUGUCUGGGUAAUUAAGAUGGAAUGAAUCACGUAAGACCUCAAUGAAUUCACAUAGUCUAGGAAAGCAUAUCAUUCUGCAAAAAUAGAAUUUUAGCAGUACAUCAGCAGACCACAUUCAAAGACUGGUAGACUAGGUAGGUAAUGGUUUGUGUGUGUGUGAUUCACAGUACUAGAGGUCCUGCUGCAGCUUUCAGCCCGUCCCACCCACUCCUCCCUCUGAGGCAGAGACAGCAGAAGCAGCAGCAGGGAGAUGACGGAUCAGGUAAAACACCACCACAGUUACCAUUUACCAUAGAAGACUAUCCAAAGCCACCCAUAGGCACAUUUACAAAUUACAUUUAUACUUUUCUGGUGGUUUUCUCUAGUUGUGUGCCUUUUUGUUAUAGUGGAAUAUUACUACAGCCCACAUUUCAAUAUCAGAGAUGGCUUUUCUAUUGUGUAUUAUAGGUAGCUGUAUGGUCAAUGUUUUGUCUGUGUGUCUAGGAAUUAGAAACCGCUCCAACUCCUUGGAGAACAGACAGCUACGAGGCUCAGUGCAGGCCUGGCCUGACAAGAGACAGAGGUAUAGUAUGACAAUAACGCCUUUCUUUCUUACGGUAUGAAAUGUUCUAAAAUUAAUGAUACACGUGUAUCAAAGAAUCAGGAAUCUCAGAUCGUAUUAUUUUGUUUAACUCCAGAAAACCUGAUUUCUUAUCAUUUACAGACUUUGUUUCUAAUGUUGUGCUGAUCACGUUCAUGAUGUAUGGUGUCUCACUCCCCUCUCUCCCUCCCUCCAGGCCGAUGUCAACGCUCAACCCAUACACGUUUGGUAUCUCAGCCACCGACAGCGACGCUGAUAUAGCCUCUGGGGACAGUGUGAGUCUGGCCCGCUCCAUCAGUAAAGACAGCCUGGCCUCUAACGUAGCCAACCUCACCCCCAAACACCAGGGUCUCACCCCCCAGGGCCACACCCUGAUCAGAACCGCCCAGGUAGGCCGUGCCUCAGUCAGCCCUGCACCCCGCCGAGUCAACGGCCACGGCCUGCUAGGAAACGUCAACAUGGAGGAGGAGGAGGAGCAGCUUGUGUCGGUGAUGAGGACUGAUGCGUCAGCCGCUCUCCCCAGUCAGGGAGAGGCGACGCAGCCAACCGCCACUGCUGGGGCCGGGCCCAAGGAUAGCUUUUACUUAGAACCACUGAUGCCUGCUGUGUUGAAAUCGGCGAAAGAGAAGUCUGUAUGCCUGAAUAAGGAGGAGGAGAGCGGGGAGGUGGGUCGAUCGUGGGGAGGGGGGUCUAUCCGAAGUGUAGAGGGGGGGCCUGGACUCGCGGCGUCGGCCAGGAGGAAAACCCCCACUAGCCUAAAUCGGACCUUUACUCCCACCUCUAGUGGGGAGUUUGACCUGUCUACUGAAGCUUCAGUGGCUGGGCCACCCCAGGGACUAGGAGCCUUCAAACCCCUGGUCACCAGUAGUGUGGACCCCUCCUCCAGAGAGCCGCCUGGGGGCUUCUACCUCCACUCUGACAGUGAGAACCAGAAGCCUGGUCAGGACCUGGAACCAGACAUUGAAGAGGCUGAUGAGGAGGACUUGGAUGAAGCCCUCACCACCAAGGACCCAACCAGGCCUAGGAAGGCCUUCGACGAGGAGGAAGAGUCAGCCAAGCUACAGGAGGACAUGAAGGAGAAGGAGGACAAGGACAAAGGGGAUGAUGGUGGUAGUGGACGCUCCAGCCCCUGUCUCAGCACCCACUCCCAGGCCAGCAGCCUGGCCAGCGGCAGCGUACGUAUGACCAGCUUCGCAGAACGGAAGGCCCAGCAGCGCUUUGGCAGCAACCAAGACCUGCGAACCAGCGCAUCCAGCUCCCAAAGGACCACCCCAGAUGGCUCCGAGUGCUGCGGGCCCCUGUCUCUGUCCACCACCUGGAGGCUGAAGAGGGACCAGAGCCCCUCCUCGCCCCAGGGGGGACGGGGGGACGGUGGGACCAACUUGCUGGCUUCUGAGCUGGUCCAGCUCCACAUGCAGCUGGAGGAGAAGAGGAAGGCCAUCGAGCACCAGAAGAAGAAGAUGGAGGUGCUGUCAGCCAGACAUAGACAGAAGCUGGGUAAGGCUGCCUUUCUGCACAUCGUCAAGAAGGGCAAGAGCGACACCCUGCCCCUCCCGCUCAAACCAGACCACUACUCCAAAGAGGAGCUCAACGGGGACAAAGGGGGGAGCUCGAAAGAUGACACAUGCCUGGACACACUGAGAGGGGCCAAAGAGACAGAGUCCGCCACCUCGCCAUUCCCAGAUGCCUUAGAGACGGUGGACAGGAAGGGCAGCGGUAGCCCUGGUCUGCUGCUGGACGAAGAACUAGACCUGAACGAAUGUAACCGCUCCAUUGAGAUGCUGAAUGAUGCCAUCGGCAGCAUCCAGCAGCAGAUGAUGCAGCUGUCCCUCCAGCAGGACUUGCUGAUGAAACAGAAUGUACAGUCCCCUCCCGGCCCCCCUCCUCCGUUCUCAGCCAACGACAAGACCAGCGGCUCUGAACCCAAGGCCCAAGCCGCAGUCCACUUUGUGGAGAUGGGCAGCGGCGCACCAACCACAGGUACUGCACCAACCAGGAAACCCCCCAAACUGACCUCGGCCAGAGGCCCAAGGUCCAAACCGUCUGAGCUGAAGCUGGCCAAGGAGCACGGGCGGCAGGGCCUUGCCUCCAGCAGGGCAAUCACCCCCACCCACAGCUUGGAGACCUUGCCCCACCUGAGGCAGUUCCCCGGGGGCAGGUCCCCCAGGGUGGACCACCCCGACAUCAGAACACCCUCUGUUGGAGGAGAGACAAUCAGUGGGCAGGACAAGCCUGGACGGAGCGCCACCUUUAGGCUCAACGAUGAGGCUAACCUGCGCACAGUGGCCCGUAUCGACCCGGUAGCGGUCACCCCAGAAGUGUCCUUUGAGUGCCUGUCCAGUGCCCUGAGGGAAGGGGAGCUGAACUCCUCGGACGGCUCGGGGAAGGAGAACAUCCCUUUGGAGGAGGUGUCAUGGAGCAAAGCCCCCCUGAUAGAGGUGGACCUGUCAGACCUGAAGGACCCAGAGGAGAUGGAGGGAGACGGUGGUCAGAACAGCACCAUGGAUGGGGAAGACGGGGAACAGAAGUCUGGCCUUGGAUUCUUCUUCAAGGUGUGUGUGUGUUCUUUUGUGUUUGUGUGUGUGUGGUUUUCCGACAGGAAAAUUUGGCGCUGGACAACGUGACCGGGAAGAUUUUAAUUUACCGGACAUUUGAGAAAUUGACCAGGCAUCCAUAUGCAUUCAGAUCCGAGAAAUGGCCAAAUGAUCUACAUUUACGUUUCCUUUAAAAACAGCCUAUAACAAAUUACAUAAACACUAUGCUAUUUUGUGUUUCGAUGUGUAUCAUAUGCAAAUUAUUAUAUCCUAUUGUUUGAUAGUUUUUUUUACUUUCCUAAAACAAUGAUUGUCCACCUCACGGUUCAGCUGUCAGAGAUUUGAGCACUAAAUGCAUCAGGGCAUUGCAUGCGGCCUAUAGGCUUAGACGUCCACCGUAUGAUAUUAAUAUUUAAAAAAUAAUAAUAAUAUGAAGGAAGAGAAGGUUAGGCCUAGCUCCAGAGAGAGAGAGAGAGAGAUGCUGGCGGCAUGCAUUUCUUUAUCCUUGUCAGAUAGGCUACUGUGUCUGCUAUACAGAUAUAGACGUACAAGAAGCAGGCUAAUUCCUACAUUUUCAAUCUAAUUUCACCCAGGAUGCAACUUUCCAGUGCUACUAUUUUUGAGGCGCUUUCAAGUUGAGAGCAAUAGGGAGGGAAACAUGUAUUCUGACAAGCAGUCAAACCCUCCUCUAACCUGGAUGGCGCUGGGCCAAUUGUGCGCUGCCCCCCUGGCAGAAGUGGCGCCUCAGCAAUGCGAUGCAGUGCCUUAGACCGCUGCCCCACUCGGGAAGCCCACGGCAAAUUUUAUUUUGAAAGCAGUUUUGGCCUUUGUUAAAAGAGAGGGGGAUCCCAGUUUUUCCAUUGCUACCACAUUUAUUUCUCUACUUCAAUUGUGCGAAUGGCAUCGUUUUACAAAUGCAAUUACAACCGAAGUUUCAAGCAUUGUUUAUGCGCAGCUGCGCAACUCAGAGCUCAAUGGGGCAAUGGCGUCUUAAAAUGGGCAAUGGCAUACUUUCUAAUAGAAACCCAAAAAAUCUAAUCAAAUUAAUAAUGAUUUAUAAUAAAAUUAUUAAUAACAAUCAGGAUGUGUCCAAUGGGGUAAAUGUAGACGGACAAAUCCCAUGAUUCAACCUAUGGAAAUUGUAUAGCCACUAUGCUGCAUCAGUUGGGCUACAGGUGAUGAUGCUUAUUGCUAAUAGCGCAUCUGAGAAUAUAGACCAUGCAUAGGCUAUAUACAUGGUCCAACAUGUUAAAAUAAUUUUAAAGGCCCAAUGCAGCUGUUUUUAUCUCAAUAUCAAAUAAUUUCUGGGUAACAAUUUAAAUUUUCCAUUAAAAUUGACAAAAAUAGCUUAAUUUUUUUUAACACUCUUUUACAGUGUUAGUUUCAUCAGCUGUUGUACAAUAUGAUACAAAACACAGGAAAAAAUAAAUGUUGACUGCACUGGGCCUUUAACAUAAUUUCUACCAAUAUGUUAUUGGGCACAUUUCUGUUGGUGGAAAUUAUAUUUUAGAUGGUGUCAGCGUAAUUUUAUUUUAAUUCAUUUUGGAGUAGAACGUAUUUUUAAAAAGUCACCAGAACUGAGCUUCUCAGUCCUACAUAAAAAUGAUCCCAGGGAGGGCCCAUGACCACCUCAGCAAGGGGACAGGAAUACAUAAAAAUGAUCCCAGGGAGGGCCCAUGACCACCUCAGCAAGGGGACAGGAAUUGGUCAAACUUGCAGUUUUAAAAAUGAUCCUCUUUCCCUAAAGGCAUGAUGGUCAUGACUUUCUUACAUGAAAGGGGAGGUGAACUUUGCCCCAGACAAUCGAUCUGAGAUUGACUUAAGUUUCAGUCAUGGGAUUUUUGUUGUUAAUUUAAACCUUGUAAAUACGAAAAUAAAUUAACAGUUCCAAAAUUGGCAUUCUACCUGAAUAGUGAUUUGCACACAGUAGCCUGCAUUUGGACGCGCUAACUUUCUUCUCAUCUUUGUCCACUACAAUAGGCCUAUCACUAAAGACAAACUCUUUUUCCUCUAACUUUCAUUUUACUUCAAUGUAAAAGGCCUCCAUCUUCGCAAUAACAGUAGCCUAGGCCAGGGGGUAGGCAACUGGAUUCAGCCGCGGACCGAUCUUUGUCCGAGCGGAUGGUCGGGGGGCAUAAUUAUAAUAAUUUGUACACUGCAAAUUGACCAUAACUAAGGCUAAAAAUAGAUUUAAAAAAAUAUAUAAAAUCAUUUCAUACCUAGAAUUACAUUGAGAAAAGAUUCCUGGUAAUUUUACAAAAAAAAAAUAAAUAUAUAUGCGAGCCAAGGCUCCUCUCACUCGCUCUGUAGCACGAAAUCGGGGUGUAUGUUAGGUAGCCUAAUCGAGGGGAUUGUUUUUCUCCCAGACAAUUUGGCCAGCUACAAUUGUAUCAGCUUUUCAUUUCUUUACCGGCUAACGGUCUAUUCCCCUAAUCUUUUGAGUGGUCGAAUGUCUAGGACAGGGAAAGGAAUUACAUCAUUUUUAUAGUACAAAAUUGGCCUGGAAGGAAUAAUAUAAAAUUCUACUUCACUGAAUAAAUAAAGCUACUUCUUACGGAGACAGCAAGAGACGAGGGAGGAGACACAAGCAAGUGUUUGUGGCAUAAAUCAAGUUUUAUUGAAUGUAAGUGAGGAAAAUGCUACUAGUAAGUGUGUUGUGCUACAGGAUGAACAGAAGGCAGAGGAUGAGCUGGCUAAGAAGAGGGCAGCGUUUCUCGUAAGGCAGCAGAAGAAGGCUGAGGAGGCCCGGUUACGUAAACUACAGCUGGAGGCAGAGACCGAACAGAAGCGGGAAGAGUCCAGGUAACCAACAUAAGUCUUUACAACCAAAUCAAAACUAUGGCUGUUAGAUAAGACAUAAUGCUCAGGUAGGAUAAGACUGUCUAAGCACUAGCUUAGCUUAACAACACCACCAAAACCCUCCCACAAUAGCGUGUUACCAGUGUAGUCACAAGUUUUUGCACACCUAUAUAUUUGCUCUUUACACCUCAAAUGUUCACUCAUAGAAAAACACAGAAAAUAGCUGCGUUGUCCCUCUUCCUUCCCGGGUGUUAUAAGUCUAUUCAAAUGCAGCAGUUGUUGAGCCUGUGGUCUGUCUCCCCCCAGGCGGAAGGCGGAGGAGGACAGGAUGAGGAAGGAGGAGGAGAAGGCCCGUAGGGAGCUGAUAAAGGAGCAGUACCUGAGGAGGAAGCAGCAGGAGCUGAUGGAGGAGCAGGGCCUCGGCAGCCCGGCCAAGCCCAAGACGACCAAGACCAAGCCUAAGAAACCCAGUCACCAGACUCACAGACCCAAGUCUGUGUUCAGCAGAGAGGAGUCCUCCAGCGACACCUUCUCCUCCAAGUGCUCUUCUUCUACACGUAAAAACCACCACACUUUUGUUUCUUUUACUAGGCCUGGGGUUAGUAACUCCUGUCCUAGAGGGCUGCAGUGUGUGUGGACUUUUGCUGACACUGUGGUUCUCUGGAACCAGGAUUGGUUGACAUCCUCAGGCUAGGCCAGUUUCAUGUCUCCCAAUUCUCAUUCUCAUUGAGACAAUAUUGCAGUCAUGCAUUUCUGUGUGUGAGGAUAGGAGUAAUAGGAAGAGUUAGCUAUACUAAGAUGGCAUCUGUGUUUUGGUUCUCGGUAGCUGACAACCUGAGCAGUGCCCAAUCAGGCUCCAGUCUGUCCCUGGCCUCCGCUGCCACCACUGAGGCAGACAGCGUUCACUCUGGAGGGGCAGGAUCCCAACGGUAAGUGCCCCAAAUAUAUGUAUGUGGGAGGUUGUGUAAGUAUUUUGGUUUGGGUAUAAUUUGUCAGUUUGUUUUCUUUCUCUGUGUGCCAUUUUUUUAAAACCUCUUCUUGUUUGCUCAUCUCUGUCUUCUCUGCUAUCCGUCGCCAGUGGUGAGUCUGUUGAGUCUUUCCCAGGCCUGAGUCGGAAUGCCAGUCGGAACACUGAGCGAGACUGGGACAACGGAUCCACUGCAUCUUCAAUCAACUCCAUGGCAGAAUACACUGGUCAGUACACAUAAAAGUCAGUCUUUGCCAUGCUGGGAAACAGUCUUUCCCAUGAUGUUCCCAUAAUAUUCCCAUAACACCCCUACAAUGUUCCCAUAAAACCAUUGCUCUGCUCUCUUUCUCCUCGUCUCUGUUAAUGUUAGCAUUUAAUGUGAAGACUUGUCGUCCACUGUGUCCUCAGGUCCCAAGCUGUUCAAGGAGCCCAGUUCUAAGUCCAACAAGCCAAUCAUCUUCAAUGCCAUCUCUCACUGCUGCCUGGCCGGCAAGGUCAAUGAACCCCAGAAGAACACCCUCCUAGAGGUAAAGCUUUACCUUACUGUGAAACGCUAUUAACACACACUGCAGAGCAAAUGGUCACACACACACACACACACACACACGUGAGCUGUCAUCUCACUGUUGUUGUGACUUUUGGCUAUGGAUAUUCAAGGUAAUUGACUGAUUAAUACUGAUUACUGGAAUAAUUGAUAUCAUUUAAUUAAUUUUGUUAUCCUAUCCAAAUUAAUCUGAGGGGCACCAUUUUAAGGUUUUUGAUAUAGAGACCCCUUGAAUUAACGCUAUCAGUAGUUAUCAUUAACCGUUAUACCAUUAAUCCUAUAUCAACAAUAGUCAACAGUCAAUUUACUAUAUUUUCAUUCUGAAUGGUCAUCGAGCUCUGACUUCAAGAAUCGAAUUGCUCAUUAAGGACUUCAAUGCAACAACAGAUAUACUUCAAAGUGUUAUUGCUAGACUAAAAUGGAUUGAAAAUAGGGUAGGUACAGUUGUCUUAAUAGACUCAAGAUACAAAUGGAAUGCAGUACAAUCAUUGAAGUGGAAAACUCUACAGAUUAGUAAGGCUUAUGUACUCACAGGGAGAUAUGACAACACUUUAACAGGACUUUGGAGAAUUGGAAAUGAUUAUUUAUGAAAACAGGAGAAGUGAAAGAGAGGCUACAUCAGUAAAGUUUCAAAGCCGUGAAACUAUAGGCUCCCCAAGCAGGGGUAUACCGGCCCGGUUACAGGUUAACACCUGCUGUGGACAGCGCCAGGACAGUAUUGGUUAUUGAUAUGUAAUUAAGACUAACAGUCUUACAAUAAUCAGUUACUGCCACCACUUUUACACAAACACAGCGUCACCCAAAGGGACAUUUAAUGCAAUAAUGUAUUUUCACUGAGUGUCGUCUGGUUCAGUUGGAAUUCCGUUGACAGCGAUGAAACAGGAAAAAGGUAAGUGGUCCUGGCGUUGGAGUUUGCAGCCGAAGAAGCUCUUCCCUCGUCGGAGCUCUUUCUUUCUCAGUUCUCAAUUCCGUUCAGUCCAAAGAGAUAAAGCUUAAGGCACUAGGGUGCAGUAGAAUGUUCGGGUCCUCAUUGGGAGGGAGAGAAACUCAGCGGUUCGUUGUGAGUGAGCAGAGUGUGUUCAGCAAAGAUCCUCUCAGGAGAUGGCUAUCUCUGUCGGAGUUGGAUUGUGCAAGUCAAAGUUGCGUUAGGUUCUCAAGGAGAUGGAUCAUUACCUCUAAGGCGUGGGCACACCUCACGAAGAGCUGAUCUAAUUUCUGUUUAGUAAGUCCUCUAAUUUAUAGGGAGACUCGCAGAAGGCGGGCUCUAAUGGCCAGAUAGUGUGACAUGGGAACUCAUAUCUCAGAAUGUUCAUAUGAGAUAAACCUGAGAUUUCCUCAAGUGUUCACAUAAUGUUAAAAUGUGUUCGUUUUUCUUGUACAAUCUCUUGGAUUAAGUACAUACCGUAGUCCCCCCCCCUAACACAUGAGUCGUAAAAAAAAAAAGUCUGCUCCUUGCCUCCUCAGGCCAUUCAGCCGUAAAGGGAGAGCAGUUUAUUUGUCUUAUAAUAGGCUUGAACUGUAACUUGUGGGCUCUUCCUCACAAUACUGUUGUGAUCCCACUGUCAUAGUCAAAUUGCAAGGUAGGGAUGUGAACCACCAACCUCCAGAGUUGAGUUCUUCUGUCCUAUUUAUCAGUCAUUUAUAACUUCAGCCAAACCCCAUGCUGGGUAAAUGAGCACUGUAACAUGUAGGUCACAUUUAGUGGGCCAGAAUGAGCUGCUCAGCUCAAAAUUCUACAGCUGUAGCACAGCAUGUUCUUAUCCUAAACACACACUGAUGUCCUGUUAAAGUGCUCUGAGUAUAACUUAAGUCUAGAGUUUUUGCGGGUCAAUCAGGUGGUCAGGAAGGGAAAACUCCAGACCCUUCCCAGGAGGACAUCCAGACAUCACUGUACCUGUGGGUAUCAAAUUGCUUAGAAUGUGAGAAUGCUUCUCAAGAUAUUUGUCAGCCAUACUAACUAACAAUUCCUUUCCCCCCCCAUCUCAUCCCAGGAGCUGGAGAAGGUUGAGGCCCACCACCUGAUGAUCCUGUUCAGGGACGGGGGCUGCCAGUUCCGGGGAGUCUACUCCUUCUUCCCAGACACGGAGGAGAUCCUCAAGCUGACCGGCACGGGCCCCAAGAGCAUCAGCAAGAAGAUGAUCGACAAGCUCUACAAAUACAGCUCGGACCGCAAGCAGUUCACAGUCAUCCCCGCCAAGACUGUGUCGGUCAGCAUAGACGCCAUCACAAUCCACAACCACCUGUGGCAGGCCAAGAGAACCACUGUGCCAAAGAAGAGCGGGAAAUAAUCUGUGGAGGCCCCUGGAACUCUGGGGUUCCAUUCCACUCCCAGGUUGUCCUAGGUUCCAUUCCACCCUGCUCUCCUAGAUAAACUGCAUUGAUGUCCACAGCCAAUAAACUCCCUCUAUCAAUCUGAAGGAGAGGCCACAUGUAUGAACAGACACGUGGCUCCUUCAGUUCACACUAAUGUGGUGGCAUGGAUGGAUGUAUACAUCUGUGCUGGUGGCCUGUGUGUGGGAUUGUCAUCUGCAUGAACCAAUAUGGAGGGUCCUCUCUGGAUCUCAAUGUAUUCUGUUCAGGGUGUCCAUUGAUCAUCAAUUCAUUCGCUUCUGUUUUUCUAAAGACUAAGAGAAGCAUGUGGCAUUUUUUCAUGUGGUGGAUUUAUUUUUACUUGAAGUAUUUAUUGGUUUGGCACUGAAUGGUUGAGCUCAGCUGCAGCAUACAUACAGUAGUCCAUACAACACUAUAACCCCC